GGGGCUGGUCUCUGAUUGCGUGGUCAUAUACAAUAUUUUGAAUAUUUCCUUUGAUCUUCUACGUCAAGAGGACAAAGACUACGUGCCCAUUUUGUAUUUUUGUUUUCCUGUUGCUGCUUCCCAUCCCUCUCGAUCUUUUUUUUUUCUACAUUCGGGAGGAAUAAAGCGGAGAGUGAAAGGAUUUGAUGAAAAAGGGAAAAAUCUGUAAAAAUUCCUGUGAUUGGUGUUAUCUCCGUCGGCAUUAGCAUUCUGUGAGCCGAUCACAGCGUGCUGUGUGAGAUCUGAGGAGGCAGCAGAGACAGAGUGCUCAGUGUCAGUCCAGCCAGCACAGUCAAAAUGCACAAACAUCAUCACUGCUGCAAGUGCCCAGAAUGUUACGAGGUGACCCGUAUGGCUGCCUUGCGUAGGAUGGAUGCCCCUUCGUAUGGAGGAGACUGGCAGGCCGAGCCCUAUGGAUACCCGCCUGGGUAUGGGGGAGGCCAGACCUUGCCCCCUCCAGCCUCAGGGGGAGGAGGAAACAUGGGAGGAGGAGGGGGCACUUUGGGGAGAAGUAAGGGCAAGAUUAUGUCUGGUGGGGGCCCUGGAGGCCCAAACUCAAAGGGCCAAUCCAAGGGUGGCCCCAAGGUAAACGGCAACAACUCCAGUGGGCCAGGAGGAUGGUGGCCUGAGUGCACCUGUACCAACCGGGAGUGGUACGAUCAGGCCAACCCUCCCCCCAUCAUUGUCAACGCAGACUCUCUAGAUGCAGGCCCUUAUGUAAAUGGCAGUGAUGGGAUGUAUAAAUAUGAAGAAAUCAUUUUAGAGAGAGGGAACUCUGGCCUGGGUUUUAGCAUUGCUGGAGGAAUAGACAAUCCCCACAUUCCUGAUGAUCCGGGGAUCUUCAUCACCAAGAUUAUCCCUGGAGGAGCAGCUGCUAUGGAUGGACGGCUGGGGGUUAACGACUGUGUGCUGCGUGUCAAUGACGUGGAUGUAUCUGAAGUGGUACACAGCCGGGCGGUGGAAGCCCUGAAGGAGGCGGGGCCUGUGGUGCGGCUGCUGGUCCGACGGAGGCAGGCCCCGCCUGAGACGAUUCUGGAGGUCAAUCUGCUGAAAGGGCCCAAAGGACUGGGAUUUAGCAUCGCUGGAGGGAUUGGGAACCAGCAUAUCCCAGGAGACAACAGCAUCUAUAUUACCAAGAUUAUAGAAGGAGGAGCUGCCCAAAAAGAUGGACGUCUGCAGACUGGAGACCGCCUGUUAGCUGUGAACAACAUUGUGCUGCAGGACGUGCGUCAUGAGGAGGCGGUGGCUGCGCUAAAGAACACCUCUGAUAUGGUUUACCUGAAGGUGGCCAAGCCAGGUCCUGUGCAUCUCAAUGACAUGUAUGCCCCUCCGGACUACUCCAGCAGUCUGGCCCUCCCUCCAGCCUUCCCCACCAUGGUGGACAACCACGUCAGCCACAACUACAUGGGGGCAAUGGAGCCCAAGCCAGUAUACCCACCGUCCCAGGUUACCCCGUCCAGGUACUCGCCAGUUCCCCGCCACAUGCUGGGGGAGGAAGACUUCACAAGCAGGGCUGAACCUAUUUACAGUGUCAUCCACAAACCUGGGGACAACAAGGUGCCCCAGGCUCACUACAGAGGCUUCUGUCCUUCCCCUGCUCCCUUGUGCCAAGGUCCUCUCCCCUUCUCUGGCAGAGAGCCAAGGAAGGUGUUGCUGCACAAGGGCUCCACAGGGCUGGGCUUCAACAUAGUCGGCGGGGAAGAUGGAGAAGGCAUCUUUGUCUCCUUCAUCCUGGCAGGAGGACCAGCUGACCUGAGCGGCGAGCUGAGGAGGGGCGACCGGAUUCUCUCUGUGAAUGGGGUGAACCUAAGGAAUGCCACACAUGAGCAGGCAGCUGCAGCGCUGAAGAGAGCUGGACAAACUGUCACCAUCAUUGCUCAAUACAGGCCUGAAGAGUAUAGCCGCUUUGAGUCCAAGAUCCACGACCUGAGGGAGCAGAUGAUGAACAGCAGCAUGAGCUCAGGAUCAGGUUCCCUGCGCACCAGUGAGAAACGCUCCCUCUAUGUCAGAGCUUUGUUUGACUAUGAUCGAACGAGGGACAGCUGCCUGCCCAGCCAAGGCCUGAGCUUCUCUUAUGGGGAUAUCCUCCACGUCAUAAAUGCUUCUGAUGACGAGUGGUGGCAGGCGAGGCUGGUCACACCACAUGGAGAGAGUGAGCAGAUUGGGGUCAUUCCAAGCAAGAAAAGAGUGGAGAAAAAAGAGCGGGCCAGGUUAAAAACAGUCAAGUUCCAUGCCAGGACAGGCAUGAUUGAGUCUAACCGGCCAGUCAAAGUAAAGCGCAAAAAAAGCUUCAACCUCUCACGCAAGUUCCCGUUUUACAAGAGCAAGGAGAAUAUUGUGCAGGAGAUGGAGUCUGAACAAUGCCUGACAUCCAACACAAGUGACAGUGAAAGCAGUUCGAAGGGACAGGAGGACACAAUUCUUUCCUACGAGCCAGUCAUUCGACAGGAAAUUCACUACACAAGGCCUGUUAUCAUUUUGGGGCCAAUGAAGGACAGAGUAAACGAUGACCUCAUCUCUGAGUUUCCCCACAAGUUUGGCUCCUGUGUACCCCGUGAGUUGACAGCACGCAACAUCUCUGCACGGUACAUCAAAUUUUCCUGCUGUGACAAAAAUAAUAACAAAAAUCCGUUCCAUUCUGCAGAUACGACUCGUCCAAGGCGAGAGAAUGAAAUGGAUGGCCAGGACUACCACUUUGUGGCCUCAAGAGAGCAAAUGGAGAAAGACAUUCAAGAUAAUAAAUUCAUUGAGGCUGGCCAGUUCAACGAGAACCUCUAUGGGACUAGCAUCUUGUCUGUGAGAACUGUGGCUGAGAGGGGGAAACACUGCAUUCUGGAUGUGUCAGGGAAUGCCAUCAAACGACUGCAGCAAGCACAACUUUAUCCAAUUGCCAUCUUUAUUAAACCAAAAUCCAUUGAAGCCCUAAUGGAAAUGAACAAGAGGCAGACGUACGAGCAGGCCAAUAAAGUCUUUGACAAGGCAGUUAAGCUGGAGCAAGACUUUGGAGAGUAUUUCACAGCUAUCGUACAGGGUGACUCACUAGAGGAGAUCUACAACAAAAUCAAGCUCAUCAUUGAGGAGCAGUCCGGACCCUACAUCUGGAUCCCCUCCUCAGAGAAGCUCUGAGCUCCCUGCUGUCCCCUCUGCGUCGGCGCAGAGCUCCUGUCCUGCCUCCCAGAGACCCCGCCCAAGCCCAAAUAGCCACCCCCACACUCCUCCUCCUCACCUCCUUUUUGCAGAUAUGUUUCAUAUCAAGUUUUAGUGUCAUCAUUAUGUUACUCUCUAAAUGAAAAAGAAGUCUUAUCGCCAUUAUUGUCUGUGCACACCCCUGCAUGAGUUUCUCAACAAAUUCAUUCAAGACUGGAAAUGCCAUUCCAAAGGAAUUUGUCAAAUGUGAACAAAAUUGAAAAGGGAUAAAUCCUUUUGUGAACUGGGACUGACUGAACAUCAACAUGUUUGACAGAAAUCUGAAGAGAGGAAUUGGGAUUCAAAAAGACGUUGCAGGGGAACAGAGACAAAUCAAGUGGGAACACUUUGUAAAUGUUCAUCAAAUCACGUUUCAAAAGAUGGGCAAGAUGAGAAGUCGAAAAAUUAAGGAUUUUUUUUCCCUCUGAAAAGACUGGAUAAAAUCAAGCCCUGCUGAUGGUACUGUUCAAGGAGUCAUCUCUGUUGUUUAUAAUGACUGAGGAAAUUAAUGGAGGAGCCUACAAACUGGUGAUGUAUUUAUCACAAACCAGCUUGCUGUUUGGUCGUCUGCCAGUUGUCUGAGCUGAUAAGACAUCUCGGGAGGCAGAUCAAGAGGAAGAAAUGUGUUGUGAAUCUACAUUUAUAUUAUGAGAUCACAAGAUAAAUGAUAAAAUCCUACUGAGAUUAUCCUACAUAUUAAAAACUACACAUUUUACACUUCACUAGAAUUGUCAAUUUGGAGGGCUGUUAGAAUUCAUCUUUUUUUUUUUUUUUUUUUUUUUUUUUUUUUUUUUUUUUUUUGGGGUU